GUGCGGGAGGCAAUGGAACCUGAGUCCCUCGACUCUAUGGUCCGCAAUUCAGAGAUCGUCCAAUCGGAAGCCAGACCUUGAAGGAAAACCCCGCCUCUACCCGCAGGGAGGCGGGAACUGCCACGAAGCUCCUGUGGAGAGAGAGGAAGGCGCUACAGGAAACCAAUGAGAAGGGAGGAAUCUAAGAUGUUAGCCAAUGAGGGUGCGAGAGGAUUGCGGCCAAUGAGAGUAGGGGGACCCCCGGACACGUGGGUGGGGGCGCUGAGUGCUGAGUCCUACAGCUAAAGCCGGGAGACAGAAAAAAUGCAAACCACCGGGGCGCUACUCAUUUCUCCUGCUCUGCUCCGCUCUUGUACCAGGGGCCUGAUCAGGCCUGUGUCUGCCUCCUUCCUGAGUAGGCCAGAAAUCCCAUCUGAACAGCCGCCCUGCAGCAGUGUCCCACUCCAGGUGGCCAGGCGGGAGUUCCAGACCAGUGUUGUCUCCCGGGACAUUGACACAGCGGCCAAGUUUAUUGGUGCUGGGGCCGCCACAGUUGGUGUGGCUGGUUCCGGGGCUGGCAUUGGAACAGUGUUUGGCAGCUUGAUCAUUGGCUAUGCCAGGAACCCAUCUCUGAAGCAGCAGCUCUUCUCCUAUGCCAUUCUGGGCUUUGCCCUGUCUGAGGCCAUGGGGCUCUUCUGUUUGAUGGUCGCCUUCCUUAUCCUCUUCGCCAUGUGAGGCUUCGUGGAGGUCACCUACCCGUCCCUGCUGCUUCGACUCCAAGGCCAUGCCCGGUGCUGGAGUGUGCUGAGCUUGACCAUUAAACACAACGUUUCUCUAAA